UCCGCCCCCCCCCGAAGCUUACAUUUACGCUGUGGCAAAAGAGAAAGUAACUCUGUGUUGCUGCUGGGGAUCAAUGAAGCUGAGUGAAUGGGGGCGCACUGCGCGAGCGCAUAGCUGGAGCCGGCGCCAGAUGGUGGAGGGCUACGCUUAUUGAUGAAACUCUUGAGUUCUUCUUGAAUUGCCAGUCUUCAGCCUCCUCAUGCCUCCAUCUCCUUUAGACGACAGGGUAGUAGUGGCACUGUCUAGGCCUGUCCGACCUCAGGAUCUCAACCUUUGUUUAGACUCUAGCCACUUUGGCUCUGCCACCCCAGGCAGCAGCAGCCACCCUCCUGUCAUUGCCGCCGCCGCCGUUGUGACCCUCAAGGCUACGAAUCUGACGUAUAUGCCCUCAUCCAGCGGCUCUGCCCGCUCCCUGAAUUGUGGAUGCAGCAGUACUAGCUGCUGCACUGUGGCAACCUACGACAAGGAUCACCAGGCCCAGACUCAAGCCAUUGCUGCAGGCGCUGCCACCACCGCCAUAGGAACCUCGACCACCUGCCCUGCUAACCAGAUGGUCAACAACAAUGAGAACACAGGCUCCUUAGGCCCAUCUGGUGGGGUGGGCAGCCCCGUGGCAGGGACUCCCAAGCAGCUAGCUAGCAUCAAAAUCAUCUACCCCAAUGACUUGGCGAAGAAGAUGACCAAAUGCAGCAAAAGUCACCUGCCCAGCCAGGGUCCUGUCAUCAUUGACUGCAGGCCUUUCAUAGAGUACAACAAGAGUCACAUCCAAGGCGCCGUCCACAUUAACUGUGCCGAUAAGAUCAGCCGGCGGAGGUUGCAGCAAGGCAAGAUCACUGUCUUAGACUUGAUUUCCUGUAGGGAAGGCAAAGACUCUUUUAAGAGGAUCUUUUCCAAAGAAAUUAUAGUUUAUGAUGAGAAUACCAAUGAGCCCAGCCGAGUGCCGCCGUCCCAGCCUCUUCACACAGUCCUCGAGUCCCUGAAGAGAGAAGGCAAAGACCCCCUGGUGUUGAAAGGGGGACUCAGUAGUUUUAAACAGAACCAUGAAAACCUCUGUGACAACUCCCUCCAGCUCCAAGAGUGCCGGGAGGUGGGGGGCGGUGCAUCUGCGGCCUCAAGUAUGCUACCUCAAUCUGUCCCCACCACCCCUGACAUCGAGAACGCGGAGCUGACGCCCAUCCUGCCCUUCCUCUUCCUCGGCAAUGAGCAGGAUGCUCAGGACCUAGACACCAUGCAGAGGCUCAACAUCGGCUACGUCAUCAACGUCACCACACACCUUCCCCUAUACCACUAUGAGAAAGGCCUCUUCAACUACAAGAGGCUGCCAGCCACUGAUAGCAACAAGCAGAACCUGCGGCAGUACUUUGAAGAGGCGUUUGAAUUCAUUGAGGAAGCUCAUCAGUGUGGGAAGGGCCUUCUCAUCCACUGCCAGGCCGGUGUGUCCCGCUCUGCCACCAUCGUCAUCGCCUACUUGAUGAAGCACACACGGAUGACCAUGACUGAUGCCUACAAAUUCGUCAAAGGCAAACGACCAAUUAUUUCCCCAAACCUCAACUUCAUGGGGCAGUUGCUGGAAUUUGAGGAAGACUUAAACAAUGGCGUGACACCACGGAUCCUUACACCAAAGCUGAUGGGCAUGGAGACAGUCGUGUGACAGGGGCAGGAUGGGAAGGGGCCAUGGCUCUGUUAGGAGUUGACCAGGAAGGAAGGGGGAUUCUGGCUUUGGUUUUUGUUUUCUGUUUUUCUUUACUUACUUACUUUUUGUUUUUUGUUUUUUAAGUUGGGGGAAUGUUUGUGAAAGGAAACAAACUUGUCCAAACUAUUUUAAUAAGUGUGAGAAGACUAUAACUUUUGAUGCCGUUGAGAGUCACUUCUCUUAAGCUGAUAUGGCAGGGAGGUUAAAGAGGUCUUUUUUU